GCGCUUGCGACGACCACCGAUCGACGAUCGUAAACCGUAAACCCUAAUCGACAAUCGUCAUUUCGAUGUAACAAAGUGCGGUCGUGUCUCCCAGGGCUCAUUGUAGUUCGCACGAAAGCCCUUACUAGUGAUAUUCAAAUGUAGUCCCUUCUGUGUGUCCCACGUCAAAGGCCACCUGAAUUUCGAGAGGAAAAUCGAUGCACACAUCAGUAGCGGUCUAAACAGAGUCUAUCGACCAACCAGACCGCUGUCGCCAGGUCUAUCCCGAUGGGUUGAGAACGCCGACAUUCUGUGUUUGUGGGCACACCACUGACGCUGGUUGACGGAUAACAGUCAAAACUCAGGUGUGAGGAUACACCACAUCAUUCCAACAACCUCCAAUGCCGACUCCGAACGCAUUUGGAGAGGCACUAACACCGUGAACGAGCCACGCAACAUCUUUGAUGACAGUUCUCCCAUUGGAAAAACUCAUCUACACGCACUGUCACUUCAUUGCUAUUAAAUUCCUAAACAUCUUCUUCAUAUUAUAAUAUAUAUUUAAUUUCCUUAUUGAUAUAUAAGAAAGGCAAAAUGAGUAAAAUCUUGAAAGUGGUCGGCGCAUCCUGGAUGCAAACUAAAAUAAGCUCAUACAUCUUGGGUUUUCUUGGAGUACUUGCAAUCUUGGCGCUCUUCGUUGGACAGAUAGAAAGAAUCCAGGAAGACGGAAACUACGCGGCGACUGUGUUCUAUUCAGAGAAGACCGGAUAUCGCAUUGAGUACUGGGGUCAGAGCAACGAUCUAAAGGAUAUCGCAAAGGGAGUGGCCCGGGCCUACUUCAAAGAAGGCAUUGACACUACCGGGUGGUCGCUUCUAGAAAUAGAAACAGAUGGCUCAUAUCCUGACGAAAUACAAGCGUACGCAGCGGGAAUAGUAGAAGGCGCACUAACUUGGUAUCUCAUUCAUACGCAUUUGGAAAACACUAUUCGAGCGAAAUGCGAAGACCAGCCCAUAGAGAAGCAAUGCGACAAACUGAGGGACACUUUGGACAAAUCUGUUAAUAUAUGGAAGACUUAUGCCGCCGAGCGAGCAGCUACAGAUCCAUUUUGGCAUCAUGUUGCCUUGCAUUACACACAAAUCGGAGGGAUAUACACCGGAUGGAAUCACGGAGUUGUCCGCAGCAACAAUGAGUAUGAGACCGACAUAUCCGAUCUAUACUGGCUAAACUCGGUAGCAGAGGUGGUUGAGAUCCAGCAUAAAUUAAACAUAUCCGUGCAAGAAACAGAAUUUAGUUCUAUGCCAGGAUUAUCCAGCGCUUUCCUGAGAAUCGCGAACGAAACGUCGGAGGAUGGGGAAGAUAUUAAGAAGCUGUUUUUGGCGCAAGAUGUGGCGGGAAGCUACUCAUCAAUGACGCGUAUCUUGAAAAGGUACAAACUCAACUAUCACAAAACAUCUAAAGAUACCGAUUCCGCGCCGGGAGCUACAGUGGAAUUCGCCGGGUACCCAGGUUCGAUUACAAGUCAGGACGAAUUCUACAUAGCGAGAGGAGACAACCACAGGCUAGCUAUCACCGGAACCGCGCUCAGGAAUUACAAUGACAAACUGUGGAAGAAUGUUAAUAUAACUGAACAGGUACCACUCGGGCCUCGUAUAACAGCAGCCAACCACCUUGCGUCCAACGUCAGCAGUUGGGGCCACACCCUCGCUCGCAGCAACUCGGGCACCGGCUGCAAGCAGUGGCUCGUCGUCGAUUACAACAAGUUCAACCAACUACAAGAUUCUGCGGAAUACGUCGCGCAUAAGAUCGAGAAGAAGGAAAUCGUAACAGAGAGCAAGGUUAACAAUGAUAUAAAGCAUACGAUAGUUCACCGCGCGGGCAGCGGGCGAGCGAAGGGUCUCCUCUGGCUGAUAGAACAAGUUCCUGGCAGAACACACUCCGCCGACAUCUCUGACGCAUUCCUAGAGAAGACGUACUGGGCUACGUACGGUCUACCGUUCUUUAUUGAUAUAGCAAACAUUACACAUGUCACAAAAAUGGAAGAAGAGCACGGAAACAUAUUCUCAGAGUCUGAAUCACCUCGAGCAGUUAUUUUUCGAAACGGUCACAAGAACGCAACAACUGUAAAGAGUAUAUUCCAACUGAUGAGGUCAAACAACUUGUCCACUAUUAACAACACCAGCGAAAUCAAUUGCAAGGACGGUAAAAACUGUUUCACACAGAAAGCGGAAUAUUUAUCUGGUCUAGGAUACCGAGGAGAUAUUGUUAAAGAAAAUAAGAAACCUUACGGAAUUAUUGAUACUAAAAUUAUUAGCGGCUCUAUUGGCGACACAUCAUUAGACUUCAUCGCGAUAUCCAGUCCACCAUUCACGGAACCUGCCAAACUGAACAUCACCAAAGUAAAUAAAGGAAACGUAGCUUCUACGUACACUAACCAAUUUGAUGACGUACCAAUGAUAAACGGCUUAGAAAUAAGGGAUCUAGUGAAACACCAGCAAGAGGAAGCCGAAAGGGGGUCAUUAGAGAUACUGAAUAAAGAUGUCAUUAAGCCAUUCAGUUGGUCUGAAAGCGAUUUUAAAGAAGAACCCCAUGAAGGUCUUCCAGAUUUAUGGAAUUUUGGUCCUUUUCGCCCGGUUUGGUCUUGGUGAAUGUAAUGCAUUAUAGAAAACACCAUAACUAGCAAUGAAUAUUGAUAGAAAAUAUAUUUUUUCUUAUUUAUGUAAUUAUAACUACCUAUUCUUGUGAAAUCAUACAUAAUAUUGCUUCAAACAUUUUAAAAAUUUCAUAAUAAUAUAAUUAUAAUACCUAAUUUAUUUGUAGCUAAAUAAUAAAAUUGUCCGUCCCUGAAAAAUUUUAGAAUCUUGACAGUCAUAUUUCUUUACGAAAAUUAUUAUUGUUAAAAAAACCGUCAUUAUUUUUUUAUCCUAAUACUUAUCAACCUACUUAAUUUAUUUUUAUGUUAAGUACUUUUACAAUAUUUUAUUUUGGAUGCAAUAAUUAUAAACUAAGAUGUCGUAGGUACUUAGGUAUUUAUUCUCUUUUUGUUUGUGUUGUCCUGAUUUUAAUGCUUUCUAUCACCCCUGAUUUUAUUAUUUAAAUAUAAUGACUACACUCGUUUUAUAUUUCUAAAAAUAAUUUUACACGUAAAAAAUAUGAAACAAAAAAAAAUAUAGAUGGUGCAUUAGCACUUUUGUGUUUAAUGAAUGUAACUAUUUAAAACAUUUAUGUUUAGGAAUAUUAAUAUUAAUACAAUAUGUCUAUGGGGUAUUUAAUAAAUGAAGUGACUGAAGUGUAAGUAAAAACAUUUCGAUUUUGCUCUCGAAAAUAAAAGUUUCAUUUACGUAA